CACAAUGCAUUGCGUAGGAGCAUGGCCGACUUUGUAAUACGGGUGUCGUGCAAACGAGAAUGAAUGUGCUGUUCCCGUGCCUUACCGACUGACAGACUGACAGUCCCUAAAAACUAUCUGCUGUCUGAGUCUGUGAACUGACUCCUGUAGAUGAUGCUUUUGUGAUCGCGCAGUGAGGAGUCGACGAUUCUCUGUGUUGAUUUCCGUAGCACCUUCCUGUGAUAGACGACCAGAGCCAACAUGGCGGGAGUUGUAGCCAAGCGUGAGGGACCACAGUUUAUCAGUGAAGUGGCUGUGAGGGGCAACGCCGCCGUGCUGGACUACUGCCGCACCUCUGUGUCCGCUCUGUCCGGAGCAACAGCCGGCAUCCUCGGACUGACGGGACUGUAUGGCUUCAUUUUUUAUUUCCUCUCCUCGUUUCUUCUCUCUCUGCUGCUCAUUCUCAAGGCCGGACGGCGGUGGAACAAAUGCUUUAAAUCACGGCGGCUGCUCUUCACCGGAGGCCUUGUUGGAGGUCUUUUUACUUAUGUCCUGUUCUGGACUUUCCUUUAUGGAAUGGUGCAUGUGUACUAAAAUGAUCUACCGCAAAUAAUAGUGAAUUACUUCUAACUAAUCCUAUGUAAUCCAAUAAUAUUGUCUGGCCUGCUGUUUGUAGAUAAGACAUUAGUAAAAGACUUUUGAUUUUUCCUUUAAGUACUGUUGAUAUAUUGGAGGAUAUGACAGUAAUUACCAGAUGCAGAAUAAACUGCCCCCCUUCUCUUCCUGCUCCA